UAUCUAUCAUUGCAAAUGCAAAGUUUUCUUAUAAUUAAUCAUUCUUUUAUCAAAAAAAAAUAAUGAAAAUAAAUAUGAUAAGCGGGGGAUCUGAAAUUCUGAGUGCAAUAUUUUAUUAUUUAAUACUUUUUUAAAUCCGGAUCGAAAAGUAAUCCAACAACUCGGAGAUGGUCGAGUCGGAUUAGGGCUAGUAAAAUCGAAUUCAACUCGAGACCACGCUUUCGCCCCGAAGUAUGCGUUAGAAGCAACCCAGCGGCUUCCGCAUCCUCCCCGUUCUCCGCGCUGCGUCUCUGGUUUGUUUUCAAUUUCUUCGGCAUCGUCGUCCCCAAAUCCGAGCUACGUGGGCGAGAGCGGUGAAGGAGCGUCGUCUCCUACUACUCUACGAUUCUCCCUCCUCCUCAUAAGUGCGCGGAAGCUUCCGUGAUCUCAUCAAAUUUUGGGCGUUCUCGGAUCCUUUUUCCGGAUUAGGGUUCUGAUCCGGCGCAUUGGGGCGAAAAGAAGUUGGAAUUUUUGUUGGUUUUUUGACAGCUGAUUGUUUUCGAAAGGCGCGAUUUUUAUGGUAAAAAGUUGAUCUUUUUUGACGACAAUGCCGCCGAUAGUAUCGUCGUCGAAGGCCCUAGCGAGGUUGUUAUCCGGUAAACAUCGCGCUUUGGAUUUUGGGAAGGGAUUGGGAUUGUUGGGGAAUUGUGGCGAAAACAAGCGGCAGCUUGGGCGAUUGUCGCAAACUCGGAUCUCGAGCACCAUUGCUCGUGUCGGCAAUUCGUCCGUGGGCGGAUUGGUUGGUACCUUUAGGGAUCCGGCGUCGUCGAUUGGUUAUUUGCAAAGGAACGCGCAAACGAGGCGAUUCCUCGGCUGGGGUGAUGGAGAGGAGGGAGGUGUUCUUUCGAAGGUUUACGAGGAGAGGCGGGUGAUGGGGUACUCUCCAGAGCAACUUUUUGCAGUUGUUGCUGCUGUCGAUCUAUAUGAGGAUUUCGUGCCAUGGUGCCAGCGCUCCAAGAUAAUUAGGCACCACGACGACGGCUCAUUUGAUGCUGAAUUGGAAAUUGGUUUCAAAUUCCUUGUUGAGAGUUACAUCUCGCAUGUUGAAUUGGAAAAACCGAGGUAUAUUAAGACGACUGCAUCAGAAAGCAAUAUUUUUGACCAUUUGAUUAAUAUUUGGGAAUUUAAUCCUGGUCCUGUGCCUGGAACUUGCGACCUUUACUUCCUGGUGGAUUUUAAGUUCCAGUCACCGCUAUAUCGCCAGGUGGCAUCAAUGUUCUUCAAGGAAGUUGUGUCCCGACUAGUUAGUUCGUUCAGUGAACGAUGCCAUCGAAUCUAUGGUCCGCCGGUCACUGUUCUCGAGAGAACAUACGGACAAAGCAGAUAGUUCCUCUGGUCCAAGAUUAAGUUAAUAGAAGCCGAUUGCUUCCAAAGUAUGACUGAUAGAUAGGUGCUUUUUUCUUUUGGCAUUGAACAUUCUGGGGAAGGCUCAGACGAGCUUCAUUGUCCCCAAAUGAAUAUGAUUCCUCACGAAUCAAAAUUUUUCGGAGGCCAUGGAUGUUCUUAUAUGAGUUACUUAUAUUUGGAUAUUCAAAGUACAAAGUACAAAUAUGGUGGCUAUAUUUAUCUUAUGCGAGCAGCUAGGGGUGUGUCUGUUACUCCCAAAGUCGGAUCGAAAUCUAACCCAAGUUCGUGUUUGGAUCUUAGGAUCUUGAAUCCAAUGGGACUGCUUUUAGAUUACUAAACUUAUUCUCACCCAAGUACCUUGUGCAGUAGAAAUAAAAGCUUUAAAUUGGAGUUUU